AUGAAUCUUUUGGAUUUGUGUCCCGGUGCCUGGGGACUCACUUUGAUGUUUAAACCUUUUGGCACUUAUAUUAUUAUCUCCAGUAGCACGCAUUUUUUCUACAAUAGGGGCAAGAAAAACCUUGAAGAAGCCGGAUUAACAGAUUCAGAUACUGACACUAAUGAAGAAGUCACGUCCAUCCCAAAAUUUAGGAAAAAAAGUUCAUGGAAACCACCAAAGAGUAAAAAUGAUAACUUGGAGUCAUUCAUUAACUACGUGAGGUCUGAUAUAAAGUCCUGUAUAACAAAUACAAGAAAUUAUAAUUUAUCCAAGUCAGAAAGUAUAGCUUUGAAAGCAUUAAAAGAUCAAGAGGAUAUUGUAAUAAAACCUGCCGACAAAGGGGGUGCUGUGGUUGUCAUGAAUAAAACAGAUUAUAUAGCAGAGGGGAAUCGCCAACUUUCAAACUCUAAUUUUUAUAAACAAUUAACCACAGAUCCAACGCUUAAUACUAUUCGAAGGAUCAACACCAUCCUACAAGAGAUGUUCGACAACAAGCAUAUAGACAAUGACACCUUUGAUUAUCUCCGACCUCUUGAGAACGAAGCAAAGGCCGGACGAUUCUAUAUGUUGCCUAAAAUACAUAAAUUUGGCAAUCCAGGUCGACCAAUUGUAUCAGCGAAUAGUCAUCCAACUGAAAAGAUAUCAGAAUUUGUAGACCAUCAUCUAAGACCUCAUGUGAAAGAACUACCAUCAUUCAUUCAAGACACAACUGAUUAUCUAAAGAAAAUGGAAAGCCUCAAUCCUUUACCAAGCAAUACUAUACUUGCAUCCAUGGACGUGUCUUCUUUAUAUACCAACAUUCCACAAGACGAAGGAAUAGCAGCGUGUGAAGAGGCAUGGAACACUCGUAGUGAAAAAAAUCCUCCUACCGAAUGCCUUGUUACACUUCUCAAACUAGUACUGGAGAAUAACAACUUCUCUUUCAAUGAAAAACACUAUCUCCAGAUAGACGGUACUAGUAUGGGCACAAAAAUGGCACCGUCAUAUGCCAACAUAUUUAUGGGCCAACUUGAAAAACGCCUCUUGGCUAGUGCUCCAUAUCAGCCCUUAUCAUGGUUCCGAUUCAUUGACGAUAUUGAUUUCAAAUGGACAGAUUCACAAGAACAUCUUAAUGAAUUUCUAGAACACUGUAACUCUUUCCACCAUUCAAUAAAAUUUACAUCUGAAUUCUCUAUGGAGAAAAUUAACUUCCUCGAUACUACGAGUUACAUCAAGAACGGAACCAUUAUAACGGACCUUCAUACCAAACAAACGGACAAACAUCAAUUCCUUUCUCCAACAAGUUGCCAUCCUAAACAUUGCUCCCGUGGUAUCCCAUUCAGCCAGGCAUUACGAAUCAAGAGAAUAUGCUCUAAUGAAAAUACGAAAGAUGCUAGACUUGGACAACUUCGUAAACAUCUAGUUGUUCGAGGAUACAAUAACAACAUCAUUGAUAGCGCUUUCGAAAGAGCAAACAAAACUAGUCGCCAAGAACUUCUUGAGUACAAAGAUAAGAAUAAAGCAGCUAACAGAACACCCCUUGUACUCACUUACCAUCCUGAUUUUAAAAAUGUGUCAUCCAUUGUUCAGAAGCAUUGGAAAAUUAUAGAAAAUGAUUUAAAUCUAAAAAAAAAAAAAGAACCAUCUGUCGCUUGUGUUGCUACAAGUCAAUGUGUAACCAAUGCAGAAUGUGACACCACUGAUACUCAAACAUGUGUGUGUAAUGCAGGUUAUACUGCAACACCAACUGCCACUCCUACCAUGUGCAGCCUAAAUAGUGUUGUCAAAUUCGCAAAUCUGUCAUACAUGUACCUGGUACCUGUUAUUGUAUCCAUGAUGUCAUUCCUACGAUGA